GGCAGCUGCUCGCUCACGGUCGCCGGUCGCCUCCAGAGUCUCCGCACACAAGCAAGCAGCGAGUGGAGCCCGCCGGAGCAGAGCCAUCUCGAACACAGCCCGGAGCCUGAAUCGAGCAGCGCCAGCCUGAACUAGCUCAGCCCGGAGAUGGAGCGUCCACAGCCUGAUAGCAUGCCCCAGGAUCUGUCUGAGGCCUUGAAGGAGGCCACCAAGGAGGUGCACAUCCAAGCAGAGAAUGCUGAGUUCAUGAGGAACUUUCAGAAGGGUCAGGUGUCCAGAGAAGGCUUUAAGCUGGUGAUGGCUUCCUUGUACCACAUCUAUGCGGCUCUGGAAGAGGAGAUAGAGCGUAACCAGCAGAACCCAGUCUACGCCCCCCUCUACUUCCCUGAGGAGCUGCACCGGAGGGCUGCCCUGGAGCAGGACAUGGCCUUCUGGUAUGGGCCCCACUGGCAGGAAGCCAUCCCUUACACGCCUGCCACACAGCACUACGUAAAGCGCCUCCACGAGGUGGGGUCCACUUGUCCUGAGCUGCUGGUGGCCCACGCAUAUACCCGCUACCUGGGUGACCUCUCAGGGGGUCAGGUCCUGAAGAAGAUUGCACAGAAGGCCUUGGCCUUGCCAAGCUCUGGGGAGGGCCUGGCCUUUUUCACCUUCCCGAACAUCGACAGCCCCACCAAGUUCAAACAGCUCUAUCGUGCUCGUAUGAACACUCUGGAGAUGACACCUGAGGUCAAGCACAGGGUGACAGAAGAGGCUAAGACUGCCUUCCUGCUCAACAUUGAGCUGUUUGAGGAGCUGCAGGUGCUGCUGACAGAGGAACACAAAGACCAGAGUCCCUCACAGCCGCAGUCUCUUCGCCAGAGGCCUGCUAGCCUGGUGCAAGAUACUACCCCUGCAGAGACGCCCCGCGGGAAACCCCAGAUCAGCACCAGCUCCUCCCAGACGCCACUCCUCCGAUGGGUCCUCACUCUCAGCUUCCUCUUGGCAACAGUGGCAGUGGGCAUUUAUGCCAUGUAAAUGCACUGCUGGCCCCCAGGGGCUGUGAACUCUGUCCAAUGCGGCCUUCUCUCUGUAGGGGAGAAUCUUGCCUGGCUCUCUUCUUGGGCCUCUAAGAAAGCUUUUGGGGUUUGAGUCCCCUCCUCGUGUCUUCCUUUCUCUCUCUGGAAUGGAGGGAAAUGCCUGACACAGUUCCCUACCAAAAGCACAUCCAGCCAGUCGCCUGAACUUUGAAACCAGCGGCCCAAAUCCUGCGACAGAGCCUGAAAACUGUGGCCUGUAGAGGCAGCGGUCUGAGCGUGGUGCCCAUGGUUGUUGGCAUCCAUGGUUACUGACCACGACUGCUUCCCACCCCACCCCACCCCCACCUCCACCUGUGUCAUGACCACUUUUAUACCUGUGUGCAGACAUUUCUGUCUUGUGUUUCUGUCUUGUUUUAAUAUUUUCCUAGUUCUGCCAGAGUAACGGUAUUUUGUUUUUGUUUUUAGUUUUUUUUCCUAACAAAGUGGGGCUGUCUUUUGAGGGGUGGGUGGGAAAGAGGUAUUUAAUAGUUGUAACCUUGGUCUCUAACUUCUGUCUGAAAUAAUAAAUGGCAUUAUCUAACAAGUCA